AUGAACCGGAAAAAUCUCAAGAAGCAAGUAUGCAGAAAGCUUUUGUUUGAAAUGAUUGAACCGUUGAAUGAUGCACCGGAUGAAAUGCUGAUAAGUGCAUCGACAAGCCCAGUUGCAAGUACAUCAAAGGCACUUACCGUUUUUGAAGAAAUUGAAAAGGUUUACAGUGAAGGUCCAGUAAAUAUAGAUUAUGCACACGUGGAAAUCCCAGAUCAAUGGUCGGGAUCAGAGACGUCAGAAAACGAUGAUGUAGGUGAUAUUAGGACAAAGAAGAAGAAAAACCCAAAAUCUAAGCAGAAGAAAAAGGUAGUUGUUAUUAUACAAGAAGAACCAAUUGUAGGUGAAGAAGGUUUUAGAAAGGAGAAGAAAAAUUCAAAGAAAGAACGACAACAAAAACGAUUCAAGGGCGAGGAAUAUGUACGAAAGGAUGGUAAAACUGUAAAUGCUAAAUGUCUUCAACCCAAUCCAUGUAGUGGAAAAAAAUGUGGCAACAAUUGCGAAAAUAUUUCGGAUGAGAGAAGACAGCAGGUGUUCGAUCAUUUUUGGAAACUGACAGUAGACCGCCGACGAAACUGGUUGGUUAAUUUAACACAAAAACUAGCUGUAAAACGUAAAGGUACCAACUCAGACACCCGUGUUAAUACUUUUAAAUACCACAUCAAUGAAGGUGAAGGAAGGCGGGUAGUAUGCUUGCAAUUCUUGGCUGCUACAUUAGACAUUUCAGCAAAAUCUAUCUACCAUACGGUCAAGAACUCUGAAUGGGGCUGUGCUAAGGAAGAUUUACGCGGAAAAUGUAUACCACCGAAUAAAACAAAACCAGAUACCAUUGAGAACGUUGUGAAAUUUAUUAAAAGUUUACCGGCAGUACCGUCUCAUUAUUGUCGCCAUGAUUCCUCCCGAGUCUACCUUCCGCAAGAAUUUAAAAAUAUUCCAAAUGUCUACAGCAUUUAUAAAAAACGUUUGGAGGGCGACGGUGUUGAUUUUGUUAGUGAAAAAAUAAAGUAUACUAUGGCACAAUCUGGAAAUGCAAGUGUAAUUGAAAUCCAGUCAAAAACCAGAGUGCCUCUUAUGUCAUGCUAUCGAUCAUGUCUACCUAUAUCAAAGCUGAAAUAUGAUGACUUAGCUAAACUUUGCAAGGACAAAGUUAUACCUGGUCAUUUUCAACAUGAGUACUUAAACAUUCCACAUUCACAAACAGAAAAGGACAGAUUACCUGAAUCAGAUAUUGAGGAUCUUGAGGUUUAA